GUGGUUGACGGUUUCGACUCUGCUACUCGGGUCGAGGUUUUCGCUGGGUGGGAACUUGUAAAUAGAAACACCCUCAGCUGUGUAGUCUACUUAUUUCACAUGUCACAGCAUAACUUGUUUAAUGACACCACUGAAAACCAUUACAACUCACAUUUUUACAGGUACUUAUUUGGCGGCAAUUAGCAGGCUCCCCUCAUAAAUGGUACGGUCCCAUCUUAACUUCCCAAACAAAAAUGGCACAUGAGUGUUUGUGAGGUGUGUUGAUAACGAAAACGAAACAACGACGUGUGGCCGACACUGCAAACUAGAAAGCCGUAGCAGCACGACCCGUUAGUUUCCUCAGACAUGGCACUGCAAGUAUCAGCUCGAGUUUCCCGUAUCGGGGCUCUCCCGUACUACACCGGCGGCCCUCUGUCCCGUGUCAGUGCUGACACUCAGAGUGUCGGUGUCAAGUUCAAACAUAUUUUAACUCCUGGAAGCCCCCAGCUGGGAAGGAGGCCAGCAACAAGUGCUCCCCGCAGCCAUAUUAACGCUGUCCGCCGAACUGACAAGUUCUCAACGACAACACCACUUUGGCGGUCCAGCCGAGGCACCCAUUCCUCCUUACCCCAGGUGAACAGAGGCUGGCUGGGCAAGUUUGCCCUCGGUACCGCCUUUGGAGUGAGCACAGCCGUGCUGGUCCAGUCUCUCCACACCGGAGCUUUCACCGCCAUGGCCCUCAAAAUUAACCUCGACUCUGAUAAGGAAGACUGGAAGAAAACCAAGGACUACCUGCUGUCUCUGAGCGUGGAGGACAGGCGUCAGUACUACUGGACAACUGACUACAAGCCACUGGAUGAGAUCUCAGUGUGGACUCCCACUGCAGGUGGUUCGCAGCCAACUGACUACAAGAGGAAUGAAAAAUUGGACCAGAAGAUUUCCCUUUAUAACGGCGACAUCACCAAGCUUGAGAUAGACGCUAUAGUCAAUGCAGCCAACAACACUCUGCUCGGUGGAGGUGGAGUGGACGGAGCGAUCCACCGCGCUGCUGGUCCCAUGCUAAAAAAGGAGUGUGCUUCGCUCAACGGCUGUAAGACAGGAGAGGCCAAGAUUACCUGCGGCUACCGCCUUCCUGCAAAGUUUGCCAGACAAGGGAGCCUGGGCCAGCGUGUUGUCUGGGCGACUCAUGGCCCUGAGCUCACCUGUGUACCGAUAAACACAGCUGUAACCCUGCUAACUUGUUCCCCAGCCAGCUCUACUCCCAAACACACAGAGAUACAGCACUGGGGACAGAAGGUGCAGGAGGAUGUGAUUCACACAGUGGGGCCGAUUGCACAAGGCGGAGUUGGAGAGGAGGAGAAGAACGCGCUAAGAUCGUGCUACAGAAACAGCCUCGAGACGGCGACCGAAAAUGGUGCUCGUUCUGUGGCUUUCCCUUGCAUCUCAACUGGAAUCUACGGAUAUCCAUCUGAGCGGGCUGUGCACGAGGCGUUAAAAACUGUGAGGGACUACCUCGAUGCACAUCAUGACAAGCUGGACAGAGUCAUCUUCUGCGUGUUCUUGCCGAAGGAUCAGAAGCUGUAUGAGGAGAACCUGCCACUCUACUUUCCUGCUGCCUGACCUGUGGCAGCGACCCGUUGUUCAGAGGCCACAGUCAAGAGCAAACUCUAAGAGAGUGGAUUUGUCAGAUUUGGUUGCCGUGGAUACACACCGCUACACUCACAUCCAGAUUCUUUCUCCUCCUCCUCCUCCUCCUGUUUGCCAUUGACGCAAAUCAAGACCAUCUUCAUCAGGAAGAUAAGUUGCAAAUGGGUGAUUGCCUUUUUGAAGUGCUACGGUUCUCCUGCAGAUGUUGUCGGAGGAGGUGGUUUUCUUUUUCUCACUUCUUCCCACUAAUGGCUGAGGUUAGGAGCGGUGUUAUGAUGACUGUGUGAAAUGAGGCAGAUAAUUCUUAUGAAAAAUGGACUGUGCGUACUCGUAAGCUUCACUCUACCUGUGAUCAGCGGCAGCUUCGCAUCAGGCUUACGUCCCCCACCCUCCCGAUUUCUCUCUUCCCUGUACUACAGCAUUUGAAUAUUAAAAUAUCAGCAUGUGUGCGUGAUUGUAACACACAUGACAAAAGCUUAUUAAAAUGAAUCUGAGCUUUGU